AUGAGUCGUCCAACUAGUAAAACACCUGUCGAAAUUAAUGAAGAUGAUCAAUUAAAAGAAGAGAUUGAACUUCUAGUCAAACGUAUUCAAGACCCAAACAUUGAAAUAUCAACUAGUGCUAUUGAGUUAUUGCGUAAAACAUUAAGGGGAGAUAACACAUCUUCUUCAACAACACUACCUAAAACAACAAAAUUUAUUCGACCAUAUUUGGAUCAAUUAAAACAAUUUCAUUCACAAUUAACAAAUGGAGAAUUAAGACAAUCACUUGCUGAUGUUUUGAGUGUUUUAGUAAUGACUAAUGGAGAAAAAGGAGAGUCAUUAAAAUAUAAGUUACUUGGUCAUUUAGAUGAUUUAGGACAAUGGGGACAUGAAUAUACAAGAAACCUUACUGGAGAAGUUGUUGAUGUUUGGCAACAACAAAAAGACUUACUUAUUCCUAUUGCUCAAAAAUUGAUUGAGUUUCAUAUUGAACAUAAUGCAGAACAAGAUGCUGUUGAUUUUUGUAUUGAAACAAAUAAUUUAGCAAUGUUAGAACAAUAUAGUGAGAAAGCUCGAUUUGAUAAAUUAUUGUUAUAUGCAUCAUCAUGUGCAGCUUAUUAUCCUGAACCACAAGACAAACAAAUUUAUCAAUUUUUAUUACAUAUUGCUCUUAAACAACAUAAAUAUUCUGAUGCUAUUAGGUUAAUGCUUAAAGCAAAUGAUUUUGGAGGGUUAAAUCAAAUUAUUGAAGAAAACCAAAACAAUCAAGCUAAUUUAAUGCAAAUUGGAUAUUUAUUAUCAAGAAUAAGAGAUGAAAAUAUUAUUAAUUUAAUUCAAAAUGAAACUGUUAAAACAGCUCUUGGAAAUAGUAAUUUAAAUAAAUACUUUACUGAAUUAAUUAAUGCUUUAGGAUUAAAAGAAGUUAAAACUCCAGAACAAAUUUGUACUUCUGCACCUUUACCAAGUCGUCUUACUGUUAGUCAAAAACCAGAACCACAAGACUCCAAAGACAUGGGACUAUGUGUAGCUGAUUGUUUAGCUAAUGCAGGAUUUGGUUAUGACUCAUUAAUUCAUGCUAAUAAUGGAGAAUACGUUAUUACAGGAAGAAGUGAACGACAAAUAGCAGCAGCUUCUGGAAUGGGAUUAAUUCAUUUAUGGAGACCAGAAGAUGUUGAACAAUUUACUUCAUUUAUUGGAUCUGAUUCAAUGUAUGUUAGAGCUGGUGCAUUAUUAGGUAUUGGAACAUGCUGUAGUGGAGUAAAAAGUGAUGUUGAUUUUGCACAAGUCUUUUUAAGUGAUAAAUUAGGAGCAGAAACAUCUGCUAUUGAACGUAAGCUUAGUAUUUUUGGAUUAGGACUUGCAUAUGCAGGAACACGGAAGACAGAAAUGAAAGAAACAUUAAUUGCAGUAUUAAAUGAUAUCAAUGCAGUUGGAUUUGAAACUGUAGGACAUGCUGCUUUAGCAUUAGGAUUAAUAUUUCAAGGAACUAUGGAUGGAGAUAUUGCUGACCAAAUACUUUCAAUUAUCUUUUCUAAUGAUGGAAAUGUAGAUUUCUUAAAAAGUGUUUCAUGUAAAAUGUUAGUUAUUGGAUUAGGACUUUUGCAUUUAUGUUGUGGUGAAAGUGCUUCAUUAGUAAUGGACACUGUAAGAGCAUUACCAUCACCAGUAAAUCAAUAUGCAAUGUUAGUUGUUUCUUCUUGUGCAUUUGCAGGAACAUCAAAUAUUUUAAAAGUUCAACAAUUAAUGGAAGCAUGUGGUAAACAUGAUGAAGAUGAUGAAACAAAAGCAUGUGGAGUUGCUGUUAUUGGAGUUGCUUUAGCUUUAAUGUCUGAUGAAUUCUCUACUGAAUUAUCAACCCGACUAAUUAAUGAAGUUCAAAGGUAUGGAGAACCCUCAGUUAAAAGAUAUGUUCCAUUUGCAUUAGCAUUAACUUCUAUUGGAAAACCAAAAGUAGGAUUACUUGAACAAUUAACAAGACUAGCUCAUGGAUCUGAUUUAAUUGCUGCAAGAAAUGCUAUACUUUCUAUUGGACUUGUUUCAGCUGGAACUCAAGCAACACGAGCAAUAAGUUUAUUAGAUCAACUUGCUGCAUUUUUUGUAAAUGAUCAUCAGUCAUUAUAUUGUGUUAAAGUUGCACAAGGAUUAGUUCAUUUAGGAAAAGGAACAAUUGGAAUUAAUCCAAUGUAUUCAGAUAGAUUUAUUAUGGAUCCUAUUUCAUUGGCAGGAAUUUUAAUAUUCAUUUUUAUUGGUGGAGAAGGAAUGGAACGUAUUUCUGGAUUAAAUACAUAUAUUAUAAAUGCUUUAUGUCUUGCAAUGAAGCCAAGAAUGUUUAUGCCAAUAGAUGAAAAUGGUAAAGUUGUUGAAACUUCUUGUAGAGUUGGUGUUGCAGUUGAUGUUGCAGGACAAGCUGGAUCACCUAAAACUAUUACUGGAUUCCAAACACAUAAUACACCAGUCCUUAUUGGUGUAGGAGAAAGAGCAGAAUUAGCUGUUGAUGAUUAUUCUUCAUUAUCGAGUGUAUUGGAAGGAAUAGUUUUAGUUAAGCAUAACUAGAAAUUGAAUU